UGUGACUGGAAGGAUAGUGCCAUCAUAAUGGGCCUCAGUCCCGCCAAUUCCAAAUAUUUCUGUAUAUGGUGUCACUGCACAAAGGCGGAAAUCAGCAACUUUGGAAGUGAGCAGGACACUUCAAAGUAUCUGCCAUUACUUGAAUGUGGAAAAUCCCCCGAAAGGGGCCGCCAUGUGAGGCAACCCCUCCUUCCGAUUGAAUUCUCCUCCAUAAUUCCCGACACCUUACACAUGGAUAUGAGAAUCGCAGAAAAGCUUCUGAACCAGGUGAUUGUAUGGGUCAUGGUACAAAACUUAGAAGACCAACUCUGCGCGGAAAUGCUCAAUUUGAUGUCAAAUUCCACUUCUGGCAGGACAAGGAAGCCACAGUCGGCAGCAAAUCCAUUCGAAAAUCUUCUUCCCUAAAUGGUGAUGAGUUACACAAGGUAAGGACAGCGAUCAACUUGCAAAAUGUCCUUGGAGACAUCGAAGACCGCUCUUCUGGUGGAAAGAUUAAAGAAUGCUGGUGUUGGAGUCUAGUUUACCACAUUCCAUACUUCCUGCAGAGAUAUGGAAAUAUUCACUGCCUUGGAACACACUGUCUUGAACAGAAGAACCAUGUCCAUCAUAAGCUUUACCAGAGCAGCACCAGAAGGGAUGGGGUGAAUAGCAAGGUUUCCUCGCAGAUUAUGCAAUGGGAAAAUCAUCAAUUGCCAGGGAAAUUAUACAAAGUUGAGAGACAAAAGAGAGCUAACAACUACACAGAAGAUGGACUUGAUGCAUUUAAUAGAUCAAUGCAAGAGAGAUUAAACUUUGUGUACCCUGAGGAACAGGAAAUGGAAGUAUAAGACAAAGUGAAAGUGGAAUAUUCUAUAGAAAAGAGGACCAUAGAAAC